GGAGGCCAAACUCGCCAGAAACAAUGCAAAUUGGGAGCGGGCAUGGCCGCCCACACCCUUUAAGGGGAAGCUGUGGUCAAAAGCUUUUGGUUCCGCAACCCGAGCUGCGCUCCCCAGAUCCUGGGCGCGCAGCCUGAACUCCGGUCUCCGGCCUCUGAGCUGCGCUUUCUAGUGACUUGGAUUUGCUCCCCGAGAAGGAACAUCGGUGACAGCUCGGGAGCUCGGGGAAGAUGGGAGCCCGAACUCGGAGGAGCAGGGAGCAGCCUCUCCGGCCGCCAGCGCCCUCCCUCUCCGGCUCCGGAGGAGCCCUCCCGGCGGUGCUGGUGCUGCUCGCGCUGCCGGCUGCCUGGGGUCAAUGUCAAGCUCCGAAACGUUUAGAAUCUGCCAUGCCUACAAAACUGACUGAUGAGGUAGAGUUUCCCAUUGGAACAUCUUUGCAGUAUAAAUGCCGCCCUGGUUACCAGAAAAGAGUUUUCUAUAUCACCUGCCUAAGAAACUCACACUGGUCAAGCCCUCAAGAUUGUCCACGUAAAUCAUGUGAAACUCCUUCAGAACCCUUAAAUGGCAAAAUGGAAAUAAAUGGAGAAGCCAAGUUUGGAGCAGUUAUUCAUUAUUCUUGUAAUGAAGGAUACCAACUCAUUGGUGAAACUUCUAAUUAUUGCAGCAUCGUAGGCAAUACUGUCGCCUGGGAAAAUCGAGUACCUGUUUGUCAGGAAAUUCAAUGUAAGCCACCACCAACCAUCGACAACGGAGAUUUCAUCAGCAACAGCAGAGACUAUUUUCCUUACGGAAUAGUGGUGACCUAUCUCUGCAAUCCUGGGAUUGGAAGGGAAAAGUUUGAACUGGUGGGCGGGAGGUCCAUAUAUUGCACCAGCACAGGUCAAGUGGGCCACUGGAGCGGCCCCGCCCCUCAGUGCAUCAUACCUAACAAGUGCACGCCUCCGCACGUGGAGAAUGCCAUCAGGGAGUCUGAGAACAGAAGCUUGUUCUUCUUAAAUGAAGUCGUGAGCUUCAGGUGUCAGCCUGGCUUUGCCAUGCAAGGUCCAUCCCGUGUGCUCUGCCAGCCCCAGAACAGAUGGGGGCCUGAGCUGCCCAGCUGCUCCCGGGUUUGUCAGCGGCCUCCAGAGAUCCUGCAUGGCCAGCACAGCCCCAGCGACAAGGACAGCUUUGCCCCUGGGCAGGAAGUGCUCUACAGCUGUGAGCCUGGCUAUGACCUCAGAGGGGCUGCCUCUCUGCGCUGCUCGCCCCAGGGAGCCUGGAGCCCAGCCGCCCCCAUCUGCGCAGUGAGAUCAUGUGCUGCCUUCAGGGACCAACUUCCUAAUGGCCGUGUGCUCCUCCCACUGAACUUCCAGCUUGGAGCCAGAGUGUCCUUCGUUUGUGAUGAGGGAUUCCAUCUACAAGGCAGCUCUGCUAGCCAUUGUGUCUUGCUUGGAAUGGAGAGCCGCUGGAAUAGCAGUGUCCCGGUGUGUGAACAAAUCGUAUGUCCAAGUCCUCCAGAUAUUCCCAAUGGAAGACACACAGGGAAACCUCUAGAAAUCUUUUCUUUUGGAAAAGAAGUAACUUACACAUGUGAUCCCCGUCCAGACAAAGGGAUGGGCUUCCAUCUCAUUGGGGAGAGCACCAUCCGCUGCACAAGCGACAGUCAAGGGAAGGGGAUCUGGAGUGGCCGUGGUCCUCGCUGUCGAUAUCCAGGUUACUGUAAUGCUCCAGAUCAUUUUCCGUUUGCUGAGUUGAAAACCCAAACCAAUGAAUCUUUAUUUCGUAUUGGGACAUCUUUAAAGUAUGAAUGCGGCCCUGAGUACUACCGGAGGCCAUUCCUUAUCAGGUGUCAAGGCAACUUGGAGUGGUCAGGUGCCCAGAAUGUCUGUAAACGCAAAGUAUGUAAAACUCCUGCAGAGCCUAAGAAUGGCAUGGUGCACAUUAACACAGACAUCCAUAUUGGGUCCAGCAUUAAUUAUUCUUGUAAUGAAGGGUAUCAACUCAUAGGUCACUCAUCUGUCAAAUGUAUCCUCUCAAGCAAUACUGCCAUUUGGGAUAGGGAGCCACCAGUCUGUCAACGUAUUCAUUGUAAGCCACCACCAACCAUCGACAACGGAGAUUUCAUCAGCAACAGCAGAGACUAUUUUCCUUACGGAAUAGUGGUGACCUAUCGCUGCAAACCUGGGAUUGGAAGAGAAAAGUUUGAACUGGUGGGCGGGAGGUCCAUAUAUUGCACCAGCACAGGUCAAGUGGGCCACUGGAGCGGCCCCGCCCCUCAGUGCAUCAUACCUAACAAGUGCACGCCUCCGCACGUGGAGAAUGCCAUCAGGGAGUCUGAGAACAGAAGCUUGUUCUUCUUAAAUGAAGUCGUGAGCUUUCGGUGUCAGCCUGGCUUUGCCAUGAAAGGUCCAUCCCGUGUGCGCUGCCAGCCCCAGAACAGAUGGGGGCCCGAGCUGCCCAGCUGCUCCCGGGUUUGUCAGCGGCCUCCAGAGAUCCUGCAUGGCCAGCACAGCCCCAGCGACAAGGACAGCUUUGCUCCUGGGCAGGAAGUGCUCUACAGCUGUGAGCCUGGCUAUGACCUCAGAGGGGCUGCCUCUCUGCGCUGCUCGCCCCAGGGAGCCUGGAGCCCAGCCGCCCCCAUCUGCGCAGUGAGAUCAUGUGCUGCCUUCAGGGACCAACUUCCUAAUGGCCGUGUGCUCCUCCCACUGAACUUCCAGCUUGGAGCCAGAGUGUCCUUCGUUUGUGAUGAGGGGUUUCACUUACAGGGAAGUCCUACUAGUCACUGUGUCCUGGUUGGAAUGAAGAGCCUUUGGAAUAACAGCGCUCCUGUGUGCGAACAAAUCUUUUGUCGAGAUCCCCCUGCCAUCCUUAAUGGAAGCCAUACAGGAACUUCUCUCAGAGACAUUCCCUAUGGAAUGGAAAUAUCUUAUACAUGUGACCCCCACCCAGGCAGAGGGAUGACAUUCAAUCUCACUGGGGAGCGCACCAUCCGCUGCACAAGUGACAGUCAAGGGAAAGGCAUCUGGAGCGGCCCUGCCCCUCGCUGCGAACUUUCUGUUCCUCUUGGUUAUUGUAAAGCUCCAGAACGAUUUCUAUUUGCCACGCCUACAACCCUAACCGAUGAGUCUGAGUUUCCAAUUGGAACAUCUUUGCGCUACAAAUGCUCCCCUGGGUAUUUUGAGAAUAUGUUCUCUAUCACCUGCUUAGAAAAUUUGGUUUGGUCAAAUGUGGAAGAUGUCUGUAGACGAAAAUCAUGUGGAUCUCCACCAAAACCUUUCAAUGGCACGGUGCAAAUAAACACAGAUACUUACUUUGGAUCAACAGUUAAAUAUUCAUGUAAUGAAGGGUAUCGACUCAUUGGCUCGCCAUCUGCUGCUUGUAACCUCUCAGGCAAUAGUGUCACUUGGGAUAAGGAGGCACCUGUUUGUGAAAAAAUCUUUUGUCCAGAUCCCCCUGCUAUCCUUAAUGGAAACCAUACAGGAACUUCUAUGAGAGUCAUUCCCUAUGGAACAGAAAUAUCUUAUACAUGUGACUCCCACCCAAACAGAGGGAUGACUUUCAGUCUCAUUGGGAAACGCACCAUCCGCUGCACAAGUGACAGUCGAGGGAAUGGGAUCUGGAGUGGCCCUGCCCCUCACUGUGAACUUUCUGGUUCUCCUGCAUGCCCACCUCCGCCCAAGAUGCACAACGGGCGUCACACUGGAAGACAUGUACCUCCUUAUCUUCCUGGGAUGAUAGUCAACUACACCUGUGACCCAGGCUACCUGCUGGUGGGGAAAGCCUUCAUUUUCUGUACACAUGAGGGAAACUGGAGCCAUGCUUACCAUUACUGCAAAGAGGUAAAAUGUAGCCUCCCAGAGUUUACAAAUGGAAUCUGGAAGGAGUUAGACAAGAGCCAAGAAUUUCGAUAUAGAGACAAUGUAACCUUGGAGUGUGAAGAUGGAUAUACUCUGGAAGGCAGUCCCCGGAGCCAGUGCCAGGCAGAUAACACAUGGGACCCUCCUCUGGCCACAUGUACUAGUACAUCUGGCCGACGUAAUGCUCGCAUUAUUGGCAUAUCCUUCAGCGUGGUCCUCUUUAUUAUUUGCAUCCUCGUUUUCUGUUGGAUGAUUCUAAAACGCAAAAAACGGUCAGUACAGUCACGGGGUUUGCAAUCACUGAGAGAUAUGCUCAUAUUCACUCACUACAGCGAUACCAAUGCAAAAGCUAAGGAAGUGGCUAUCCAUCUACAACCCCAAGAAGACAGCUGUGACCCUGCGCAAAGCACCUGCUCCUUGGCUCUCCCGGGAUUCCCGCUGAUCUCCCCGAAAAUGACGGCUUCUGGCGGGAAGCGAACCACACCUCCCCGCCGCCCGGGGAGCCCCCUUUCUUCUUGGAGCUUCCUCGGGGUCCUUGCGAUGGCUCUCGUGCUCCAGUUGCCCACAUCCUUCGGGAUUUCUUGUGACCCUCCUCCUCCUAUCCAAAAUGGUCAGAAUAGUUACACUUCUGGCCCCAUACCUCUUAACACUUUGGUGAGGUACAGUUGUGCCUAUGAUCACCGCAUGAUUGGAGAAAAGAAUCUUUUUUGUAUAAGUAAAGACCAAGUGAAAGGAAUCUGGGAUAAAGCUGCUCCUACAUGUGAAUAUUUCAACAGAAGAGCUUUUUGCUCUGAGCCCACAGUGGCAAGGGGACGCAAAGAUAAAAUAUUUAGACCGCCAUACAGACAUGGUGAUUCUGUGACCUUCACCUGUAAUGCCAACUUCACCAUGAAAGGAUACAAGACCGUUUGGUGCCAAGCAAAUAGCAGGUGGGGGCCAACACCACUACCAACCUGUGAGAGUGAUUUCCCCUUGGGGUGUCCACCACUUCCCAUGAUCCCCAAUGGACAUCACACAGCAGAGGACGUUGGCCUCUUUGUCCCUGGACUGUCUGUGACUUACAGCUGUGAACCUGGCUACUUGCUUGUUGGAGAAAAGACCAUUCGUUGUUUGUCUUCAGGAAACUGGAGUGCAGUCAUCCCACAAUGUGAAGAGGCACAGUGUGACGUUCCAGGACCAUUGCUCAAUGGGCAGAUAAAGGGGCCUGCAAGUCGACGGGUUGGCGUAACUGUGACCCUUUCCUGUAAUGAAGGAUAUCGAUUACGAGGCCAACCUUCUAUUCAGUGUGUAAUUGCUGGACAGAGAGCUUUAUGGACCAAGAUGCCAAAAUGUGAAGUGGCAGAGUGUGAACCUAUAGGAAAGUAUCUCUAUAAAAAACCCCAGGAUCAAUUGAUUAGACCAGCUGUUAACUCUUCUUGCGAUGAAGGGUUCCGGUUAGGGGAGAGUGCUUAUCAGCUGUGUCAAGGUACCAUUCCUUGGUUUAUGGAGAUUCGUCUUUGUACAGAAAUCACCUGCCCACUGCCCCCUGUUAUCUACAAUGGGACACACACAGGGAGAUCCUCAGAAGACUUUCCAUACGGAACCACAGUCACUUACUCAUGUAACCCUGGGCCAGAGGAAGGCGUAGAAUUCAAGCUCAUCGGGGAGAGCACCAUCCGUUGUACAACCAAUGAUCAGGAGAGGGGCAUCUGGAGUGGCCCUGCUCCUCUCUGUAAACUUUCCCUCCCUGCUGUUCAGUGCUCACAUGCCCACAUUGAAAAUGGAUACCUGAUACCGGUCAAGGAAGCCCCAUAUGUCUACGACGACAGUGUGACAGUCAAGUGUGAUGAAGGAUAUACUUUGAAGGGCAGCAGUGAGAUCCGUUGCAAAGCCAAUAAUACCUGGGAUCCUCAAAUACCGACUUGUGAAAAAGGUAAACAGCCCAACGGGAGAAAACAAGACUGCCAGCCACCUGCUGGGCUGCACCAUGGUCGGCACACAGGUGGGAAUAGGGUCCUUUUUGUCUCUGGGAUGACUGUACACUACACCUGUGACCCUGGCUACUUGCUUGUGGGAAACGAAUCCAUUCACUGUAUGCCUUCCGGAAACUGGAGCCCUUCUGCCCCUCGGUGUGAAGGAGCGCCAUGUCAGCCUGUGGGAGAAGAUGUUCAAGAGCUUCCAGCUGAUUCGCAUGUGGUUCUAGUUAAUAGAUCCUGUCCGGAUGGGUACCAGUUGACUGGGCAUACUUAUCAGAAGUGUGAAGAUGCUGAGAAUGGAGUUUGGUUCCAAAGGAUUCCACUCUGUGAAGCCAUUCUCUGUCCACCUCCUCCACGGAAGAUUGACAACGGGAGGCACACAGGUGUGAUGGCAGAACAGUUUCUUUACGGAAUGGAAAUCUCUUAUGAAUGUGACCACGGAUUCUCUCUUUUGGGAGAGAGAAACAUACGAUGCAUAAGUGAUUCUCAAGGACAUGGAUCUUGGAGUGGACCUCCCCCACGGUGCUUAAAACCUCCUCCUGUGGCCGACUGCCCUCACCCACAAGUCAAACAUGGCUACACGCUGAAUAAAACUCGUUCAUCGUAUUCCCACAAUGACACUGUAUAUGUUGCCUGCAACCAGGGUUUCAUCAUGAAUGGCAGUGACUCGGUUAGGUGCCAUACCAAUAACAAAUGGGUGCCAGGCAUACCAACGUGUAUCAGAAAGGGCUCACUUGCUCCUCUUCUUGGUGGUCUUUCUGCAGGUUUCGUGGUUCUUAUCCUCUUGGUUAGUGUCACCUUGUGCAUGAGAUUAAAACACAGAAAACACAAUUAUGUUACAAAUAAAAGUCCUACAGAAGGAGAUCUUUAUUUGGAGACACGAACACUAUAUUCUGUUGACCCACACAACCCAGUAAGCUAACCAGAAGGAAUUCUUCUUGCUUGGAAUGCAGCUGAACACAGGUUGGAAAGAAACCAUUUGACUAUCAGCAAGCCUCUUUGCACGGGCGCCACCUCACUGAAAUGAUCUCUUAAAGCUGUAGCUUCCUAUUUGCACUUAUUCUCAAGCGGCACAAGGAGCGCUUGCCUGAUGAGAAUGAUGGGAGCCCAGUUCCACCGCCACUUGCUCUUCAAGGACUUUCUGAAGCCUCACCUGGGAUGUGCCUGGAGCCAGGUUUUGGCUACAAGCCAGUGCAAUUACUAGUUGCUCUGAGGAGUCGCCUUUUCUAGGAAGGCACCAAAGUGAACUGUCUUUAUAUGCCGACUCUUCCUUUUUUAUAAUCAGCAUACUUACUGUUACCACAUACUUUUGGUUAUAGUGUGGUUUUAAUUA